CGCCGCCGAGGCGCCGCCCUCCUCUUUGCUCGCCGGCCGCCAUCAUGGUGUUCAAGCGCUUCGUGGAGAUCGGCAGGGUCGCCUUCGUCUCCUUCGGGCCGCACGCCGGCAAGCUCGUGGCCAUCGUGGAUGUCAUCGACCAGAACAGGGCACUGGUUGAUGGCCCCUGCAGUGGUGUCAGGAGGCAGGCUAUGCCUUUCAAGUGCAUGCAGCUCACUGACUUCGUUCUCAAGUUCCCACACAGUGCUCGUCAGAAGUGUGUGCGCCUUGCCUGGGAGAAGGAAAAUAUUAAUGAGAAGUGGGCAGCCACAAGGUGGGCAAAGAAGAUUGAAGCCAGAGAAAAGAAAGCCAAAAUGACUGACUUUGAUCGCUACAAGGUCAUGAAAGCGAAGAAAAUGAGAAACAGGAUCAUCAAGCAUGAAAUGAAGAAGCUCCUGAAGCAAGCUUCUAAAAAAGGCAAGAAGUUACAGAAGGCACAGAAGUAGAAUAAACUUCUAACUGUGUGUUUCACUUAACGUGUCUGUGUUUCGGCUUUUCAUUUUUAAUUGAUGAAUGGUUAAAUAUCUGAUUUAAACUACCCACAGGGGUAACGUGUGUUCGCUUUUGCUUCUGGCAAAGAAUUGGCUGUGAUAUUUGCUGAUGUCAGUGUUGGGUUCCUUGUGUUUCUGUCACUCUCAGCCAAGAUGCCCACGUGGCCUGUGCUUAGUACCAAUUCCCAGUAUUGCUUAAUGGUUAUUGCACACCCAGUUGAUGAAGGGAGCAGUCCAGAUCAUCAGGUGUCUUAAAGCAGUUUGCUGGGAGAGGUUUAGGAACAAAUAAAGCUAUGUGCAGUCUCCAUGAAACAAUGGUCAGAUAAACUUCCUCUUUUUGGUAUAUAUUCAGGCACCAGCUGAACCAGGGCUGUUGUAGUGUGACAGGGUGCCGUUCAAAGUCUCUCAAGUGUUCUUUUUUUUGAGCUUGUUUCUCUAUAACAGGUGACUUGAUAACUUCAAUGUUGUAGAUUUCUCAUAACUCCCAUUGUCCUGUAAGAUAACUGAUGGCUUUACUCAAGCAUGCUUUCUUUCCAGAAUGUUUUGAAUUUAAUAGCCUGUAUCAGGGCUUGAGCCUAAUUACACUUCUUCUUAAUCAAAGCCAUUAAGUAAAAGGGGAUAUAAUCUAAAAAAUGACUUGAAAUCCCUAUGAGAUACUGAUUUACU